UGGGUGACAAUCGUGUGUUCAUUAAAGUGGGAGGGAAAGUCGUUGAUCCUGCCAUUUGGAAAGCCUGUCUGAAUGCCUUGAUCAAGAUUGAGAAGGAGAGUGAAGAUGCCCUUAGGAGGUACCAAGGCUCCUUUGGCGAUUUUUUGCAUGAGCAAUUUCAGAAAGUGAAUGAAGUGGGGUGAACUUGGCUAUGACAUCCUGGCCACUUUUGAGAAGUAUCAGAACUUCCACAAUGCCUGUGACUCAUUGGACCAGCUGGGUGCCCGGGGAUUUCUGGAAUACAAGGGGGAAGAGGACCCUGGCAACCCUUUCCUGAACUGGGAAAAUCGGAUUCUCUACUUUAAUUGAUUUUCUGAGAGAGAAAGUUCCAACAAGCAAGAUUUGGACCAACUCUCCUGUUGCAAGUGUGGAGUGGGGCACUGUAACACCAUCAUCUCCAAGCUGUUGCAGAAUAAGGUUGGCAUCUGGACGUAUCAUUGAAGCUGACCAUGUGGUGUACACUCCAUCCUUGGGUGUGUUGAAAGCAACACAUCUUCAGACAUUUACACCUCAGUUACCAAUGAAGAAAGCUCAGGCAAUUGAAGGUCUCUGCUUAGGGUUAGUUAACAAGAUCUUCAUAGAAUUCCCAUACCGCUGGUGGCCAAGUGACUGCGAUGGAUUUACACUUGUUCCUGACGUUGAUAUUCGGAGGACACCCAUAACCCCAGAGAAUUGGCACGAGCAUCUCAUGGGAUUCUACAGUACUCAUCGACAGCCAAGAAUGAUGUGCAUUUGGGUUGGGGGAGAAUGUGCACGUGCAAUGGAGGUUUUACCUGAAGAGGCUGUUGCUAAAAGAUGCGUUUCUGUUCUACGAAAAUACCUUGGAAAGACAUACACUGUCCCUGAUCCAAUAUUUUGUAAAAGGAGUAAAUGGGGAAGUAACAAAUGGACUCGUGGAUCCUAUAGCUUUAGAAGUAUCAAGACUGACAGCAUGAAUGUGUGGGCAGAGGACCUGUCUGAACCCGUGACCAAUAUUCAGGGCAAACCUCUGCUGUGUUUUGCGGGAGAAGCCACUAGCACUGAAUUCUUCUCUACGGUUCACGGUGCUGUUGAAAGUGGAUGGCGUGAAGCUGACAGAAUCUUAAGAUACAUCAACAGCCUGCCCUAUAACCCUUCAGGCAGACAGACAACAACAAGGGAAAAGUACAGUGUCAUCAUAGUGGGAUGUGGAGCCUCUGGCAUUGGGGCUGCAAGAGAGCUGACGGCCAAAGGAAUUCGCUCUGUUCUCAUUCUGGAAGCCAAUGAUCGCGUUGGUGGAAGAGUCAACACCAUCCGAACCCCCCCACAAGGUGUAGUCGAACUUGGAGCCCAGUGGAUACAUGGGGAGGAAGGAAACGUCAUCUGCCAGUAUGCAAAGCCAAGAGGACUGAUACAUCACAAACUGUCAGUUGAUGGGAAAGGUGAAUUUUAUAUGGAGAGUGGAAAGCUGAUACCAGAAGAUAUAGUGAAAGAGGUGGUGGAUCUGCUUAAUGAAGCUGACAGUGAUUGUCAAGAGUUUGCCCACA